AUGGCCGCGCCGUCGCCGCCGGCUGCCGCGGGCGCCCAGGAUGACGACGAGGACCGACACUUCUGCCUGCGCUGCCGGCAGACCAUCGAGGGUCUCGACGAGUACGUGUUGCACCGCAGGACAGGCUGCAGCGGGCCCGCGCGACGCGCCCCAGCGGCGGCACCGCUCCAGGACGACGCCGAGGGCGGCGGUCUCAAGGCGGCCGACUUCUUCUCGCAGCUCGAGCUGCGGAGCAGCGCCAAGGUGAACGACGGGGCGCCCUCCACGCCAGGGCCGCCGGCGGGGCCGGCGGGGCCGCGCGGGAUGCUGACCAGGAGUAAGAGCUCCGCACCCCGGUCCUCGCCGCGCGCCCAGCUGCGCCCCACGCCCCGCGCCAAGGCCGCCAGGACCGCCAGGCGUGGAGUGAGGAGGGCGGCGACGCCCCUGACGACGGAGGAGGUCGACGAGGAGGAUAACGACUCGUGGCGGUACCCGCCGAAGACGCACACCGGGGGCAAGUGGGGGCCGCAGCCACCCGAGAGCGACCCCCGCGCCCCUCCGCCCAGUGCGGGCGGCAAGUGGGGGCCGCCGCCACCCUCGCACACGGGUGGCAAGUGGAGGCCGUCUUCGGCAACGGAGCAGGUGGAGCAGCUGGCGGAGCAGGACGACGUCGGGCCGUCCCCGCAGGACGCGCAGGACGACUCCAGCGCGCAGGAGGAAGAGGACAGGGAGGAGUGCCAGGCUGACAAGGACCUGCACCCUCCGCCCUCGCACACGAGGGGCAAGUGGGCGCCCGGCAUGGCCAACAAGGUCCGCGCCGUGCUCAUGGCGGACGCGGCGCCGGCGCGGAAGUACGGCAGCGCGGUGCAGUACUGGUGCGGCUCCUGCAACCGCAGGCUGGCCAGCAGCAGGCUGUACGAGAGACACCUCAAGUCCGACCUGCACCUGCGGCGCACGCUCCCCGAGCGGCAGCUGGACACGGGCCCGCUGCCUCCCCACCACCCCGGCAGACACAGGAGUGCUGUUCGCUACAUGCACCAGCCGCAACCGGACCAUCCCGGUGAAUCACCCUUCAGGGAGCAGCGUAUUCGGGACGGGAAACUAGAGCAAGGUCACCGGUUAGGGGAGCGGGGUCAAGGGCACCGGGUGGAGCGGUGCGCGGUGUGCAGGGCCAGGGUGCACCGUCACCAGAUCGGCAAGCACCUCGUGUCGCACUUCCACUGGCGCAGCACCAGGACGACGGAGGUGGGCUCCGUGGCCGCUGACCUCAUCCUCGACAACAUCGAGGCCGUGGUGCGGCAGUCGCCAUUCCAGUGCGGCCUCUGCAAGUUCUACUGCAACUCCUCAAGCGUGUUCCGUCAGCACUGGGCCUCGGAGGACCACCGCCAGCAAGACAAGAAGGUGUCUAGUGAAUCCGGUCAAUACUGGUGCUCUCCAUGUGAGGUAGGAUGCUUCACAACUGAUGAGAUGGAAAAUCAUCUGUGGUGCGAUGCUCACCGAGAAGUAGAGGCAGCUGUCAACAGAAGCGUUGCAGUUGUUGUUACGAGAAGGACAUCUUUACGUUGCAAGGCUAUAGGUUGCCAUGCCGAGUUUCGGUAUAACGCCCAGCUCGGUCGCCACGAGCGCCUGCACGGUCAUGAGGUCGGCCCGGGCCCCGGGGGCGGCUGGUCGACGGCCAGCGACCGCUACCAGGCGCGCUUCCGGUGCGCGGACUGCGGCGCUCUCCGGCGGUCGCGCCUCGCGCUGCAGAAGCACCAGCUCAAGCAGCACGCGGCGGGCGCGGGCGCCAGGGGCUGCUUCUACUGCGGCGUGUGCAAGCUGGACCUGUUCCCGUCGGCCGCCGCGGCCGCCGAGCACCGCCAGACCCGGGCGCACCGCGACGCGGUCCGGGACCGGCGAGAGCGGAGGCGCGCGAGGCUGUUGGCGAGGAGGUGCCCCCACUGCCGGUACCCGUGCCACGGGCUGGCCAAGCUGCGCGCCCACCUGGAGGACAAGCACCCCGACCGCAAGCACCGCUGCACACUGUGCGGCCUGGCCUUCACGCUGCCGCAGGAGGUGUCCCAGCACUUCCGCGAUGUCCACCGCGCCGCGCCCCCAUCAGCGCCCGCGGCCCCCGCCGAUGGCGGGUCGCUAGUGCCGCGGGAGGGCGAGGAGCCGCCCUUCACCUGCGCGCCCUGCGGCUUCGCCACCGACUGGAGGGCGGAGAUGGCCUUCCACAGGGUGCUGCACGGGCCACCGGAGAACCCAGCUCGUGUGGAGGGCGGAGCGGGGGGCGGAGGCGACGUCGACAGGACAGCACUGCGGUACAGGUGUCCGAUCUGCUCCAAGUUGUGCCGCAAGCACGCGCUGCGCUCGCAUCUCAACGUGCACACCGGCGAGAGGCCCUUCGAGUGCAGGCACUGCGACAAGAGCUUCAGCCGCAAGGACUCCUGCGUCAAGCACGAGCUCUCUGAGCACGAGCACCAGGACGACCCGCCCGAAGAUGUCCGCGACGAGCAGGAGCGCAGGCUCCAGGAUGCUAUAUCGUCCAUAGCGAGCACGGGGGGGGCGCCGUCGACGAGGCCCUCGCCCGGCAGGCUCCCAGCGGUGGCCUCGGCCGACAACUUCUGCACGUCUCCGUCGAUGGGCGUCGGGUGGGGCGUCACCACCGCCCCUGCGUCCGGCGACGAACCGGGUGAACCUCGCGAGCGGGAGCACCUCUGCGACAAGUGCGGGAAGUGCUUCUUCACAAAGACUACGCUCCGCCAGCACCAGCUGUCCGUGCACGGCGUCAAGCCCCUCGCCUGCUCCUGGCCGGGUUGCGCCAUCCGGGUCCGGUCACCCGCCGAGCUGCGCGCCCACGUCGAGACCCACACCGGCGAGGGCGAGGCGGGCGCGUUCGAGUGCCAGACCUGCCACUUCUUCGCCAAGUCCAAGAGGCUGCUCAAGAGGCACGAGACGCUCCACACGGGCGAGAAGAGGUUCAAGUGCGAGCACUGCGACUUUGCGGCCCGCAACAGCUGCGCGCUCAUACGCCACCGGCGCGUGCACACGGGCGCCAAGCCCUUCUGCUGUCCGCACUGCAACUACCGCUGCAACAACUCGGAGAACCUGCGCAAGCACGUGCUCAAGACCAACAAGCACCCUGGCAAGUGCUUGUACGAGUGCCGCUUCUGCUCCGAGUCCAGCGACGCCGGCGGGGGAGACGGCGGCGUCUUCGCGACCAACGCGGCGGCCGACUUCCGGUCGCACCUCGCCCGCGCGCACGCCGGCCAGUUCCGCACGCUGUCGGCCGCGGCGUCCUACGUGGCCGGGAUCUACGACAAAGCCGCCGACCCCGCGCAGACCACGCAGGUGCUGCAGCCGAAACCGAGGAAGCGAGCAAGAGUGGAUGGGGCGGAUGCCGCGACCCAGAUGGAGCCGCCGCCGUCGUCGCCGGGACCGCCGCUGUCGACGCUGUCGACGCGCCCCAUCCUCGCCCCCCGGCCGCCCGUCGAGGAAGAGCCGCCCACCUCCCUGCUUCCGAAGCACACCCUGCUGGACGGCGAGCUCUUCCCCGCCAUGGGGGUGGACGCGGACUUCCCCGGGGACGUCGUGUACGUCCAGCUCGUCAACGACGACGAGCACAUCGUGGUGCUUCAAAACUAACGACACUGCUGUCUCCGAUACGGACGUUAUACUGUGUGAACUUGUGAACGUGGUUGCUUGCUAGUGUGGUAUUUCCGGCUGUGAUUAGAGCAAUUCAGUGGCUCAAGACAUGCAUACAUUGUAAGAAGGGAACAUUAAAAAGUAUCGACCCAUGA